AUGCGAUAUUGUUCAUCAUCAUUCAUCAUAGCCAUCGCGCUGCUGCUCCUCGGUUCAGGCUUCUAUUUACUAGCGACAGACGCUGCACUCUUGGAUGAACCGAAUCUGCUACCGAGCCUCUCACCAGCAAACGCCGAGCAGCUAUUCACCAUACUACAGCGAGGCGCAGACCAUGAAAAAGAGCUCAAAAUCAAAAAAAAUCAGUUGUUCGAGUCCAUCAAAGCUGUGCACGGUGAAUCCAAUGAUGAACUGUACGCUUUAGCUGGUGUUCAAUUAGAGGAUUAUCAGGCAUUCGAAUCAUUUGUAUUUGGGAUUUUGCAGGUGUACCAAAGGACCGUGAGUCAGGAACCGUUCAAAUCCUCGUACGAUUUCAGAAGCCCAGCUCUAAAAUUAACAUUUGAUUUCCAACGUGCUGUAAAAAUAUCUCACCAAAGACUCAAAUCAGCUGCCGGUAGUUUUUCGGACACAAAGAGCUCACAUCACCACCAACCGAUUCCUGGAGUAACGGAUGUGGAUCAGGAAAAGGAAUCGAUGAAGCAAGUAUUACAUGGCAUGCUAAAGGAGGUCAGUGAUAAUGCAGAUCAGCUGGAAGAGGAUAUGCAGCAAAACAACAUUGUCUUUAGCUCAGACGAGGGUCGUGUGGAGACAGUGCUCAAGUUUCGUGAUGAGAAUUCGGUCAAUUUGGUGGAUCAAGAUAGCAACGAAUAUGUCAUGAUGAAGCCGUCUGAUUCGACAGUGAUUAUUGAAGACAUCCAGUUGAUUCAUGAUUUCAUCCUUAUCCUUGUCGCCUCGUUUGUUUUGGGCUGGAUGUUUACUUGGAUCGGUUUGCCUGCCUUUUUUGGCUAUAUCCUAGCGGGUAUCUUGAUAGGACCAUCAGGCUACAACUUGAUCCAAGAGUUGAUCCAGAUAGAAACACUGGCGCAAUUAGGGGUCGUAUUGAUAGUAUUCGUGCUCGGCCUUGAAUUCUCAUUAGAAAAGAUCCAAAAGAUGUGGAGACUAGCAUUGGGCGGCGCAAUGACCAUUUUGCUAGUGACAGUGUUGUUUUUUGUCUUGAUGGGAUGUGCAAUUGGUGCAGACACAAAGGAAGCCGUGUUUGUCGGUGCUUGCAUUAGCUUGAGUUCAACCGCUGUUGUUGUGAAAUGCAUAAAGCUGGAUCAAUUAGAUCACCUGUAUGGCCUAUUAGUGAUGCAAGAUGUUAUUUUAGGCUUCAUGCUGGCUAUUAUCCCUGCUCUCUCCAAAUCAGGCUUUCAAGUAGUGUUUGCAGUGCUCAGAAUUACCUUAUCUUUUGCUAUAUUCGGCCUUGUUUGCUUUGCUAUUGUUCGGCUAAUCCCAAUUAUUCCUCGUGUUGUUCGACGUGCUAUUCCAAUUCAAUCAAUCUCGAAUAAUCAUGAACUCAUGCUUUUAGGCACGAUUGCUAUAUGCAUGAGCAUGUUGAUUAUCUCUGAACAUCUAGGUCUUGGUAUGGAGUUGGGCUGCUUUGCUGCCGGUGUCAUCAUCAGGUCUCGUAAAGGCAUGUUUGAAACUUCCAUCAAGGUUAUUGAACCUGUUCGUGAUAUGUUUGCUUGUCUAUUUUUCGCCUCGAUUGGACUCCACAUCUAUCCUUCGUUCCUGGCCUCCGAGGCCAUGUUGCUACUGACAUUGGCUGCUGGUGUCAUUGGCUUCAAAUACAUUGCAACAUGCGUCAUUUUGUAUUUGUUCAAGUUUGAUAUACACAAAUCGUCCUCCAUGGCGAUCGCUUUAGCUCAAAUAUCAGAAUUUGGCUUUGUUUUAGCGUCUCGUGCGAAGCAGCUCAGUAUCAUCUCCCGUGAAGUGUAUUAUCUCUUGCUGGCUACCACUGCCAUCACACUCAUUGCUACACCACUCAUCCUCAAAAUGACUGAUAAGGCAGAAAAACAUGAUACCCAUCAGCAUCAUCAUCAUCAUCAUCAACUACAUCAACACAAUGGUCAUGAUGUUAUUUCAAUAGAACUCGCGGAUACAGAGAAACUUGCUUAG